UCAAUGUUCUCACAAACAGGAGUGGCUCUAACUGCCUUUGUGAUUCUCAUCCUUUUUCAUUGGACAAGCUGAACUUAACUAGGAAUCAUUUUAAACAUUGAUCUUUCUGCAUUCAUGGAACCAACUGAUCAUUAUCCGCAUAUUAUCCGGGUCUCUGAUGAUGAUGACGAUAAUAAUGAAGAUGAUGACGAUAAUAAUGAAGAUAAUGAAGAGCCAAGCCAUCUUCGGUCCCUCAAACGAAAACUGUCCGAAGAAUUGAAUCAGGCUUUGGUUUUAAAAGAAGGCCAGCAAAGCCAAAGCCAAAACAUUGAUAAAGGAAAAUCAGUUGCUUCAGUAUCUGGCGCUAGUCCUCAUGAUGAUAAAUUAAAUUUUUGCAUACUGCACUCCGACGAGCUUGCUAUCUUAUCCACCAACGAUCCAAUCUUCAUGUCAAACAUAGAACAAAAGACCAAAACCUCCUUUCAUGAAAUGUUCGAUGAUUUCAGAGACACGGCACUCUCAACUAUUCUCUCUUCUUUGAUACUCGAAUGCAGGCCUCAGAAAAAACCAUACACUUUAGGAGAAGAAGGAAAGCCAACAUGGUGGCCCACAACAAGUUCAGAGUGGUGGGUUGAGUUAGGCUUCCCUACAACUGAAGGGGAGCCUCAAUUCCAAAGGCCACAAAUGCUCAUGAAGGUAUGGAAAAUUGCGCUUCUGGUUUCGAUAAUCAAUCAUCUGUCUCCAAAAGCUGUGUGCAAGAUUGUUCGAGAGUCUGUGACUUUACAAGGGAAAAUGUCUACGAAGGAGAAGUUCAUUUUAUCAAUUGUGUUGCACAUUUUAAACAAUUUGAAGAUUGAGAGCCCUAGUAGUUCCGCUGAGAAAACGAUAAGUGAUGUUAAUAUCAAUGGAAAUGAGUCUCAGACGCAAGAAAUCAAUUCUGGUCCUCUUCUUGAAGUGAAGGAAGAGAUACAGACAGAAGAAAAUGCAGUACACGCAAAAUCCAGCGACAAUCGGGUGAUAUUGAGCAAAGGAAAUAGUGGUGUCCUUAAGCGCAAGGCAACAGAUAAGAACACUCUAAUGCUUACGUCGAAAAGGAAGCGUGAGGUAUUAUUAGCACUACCUGCAUUUACUAAAGAGAGAAAAUCAAGCUUAUCUCAAGAAAAGGAUUCAAAAAUUGAUCAAGUACCCGCUACAUCGACUCUAAUGGUUGUUCCAGGACAAAUGCAAAAGGAUCAGAGCCAGUCUCGAUCAUUUCAGGCUAAUCCAAACAGCAUUGGUACAAGUUCAGGUUCUUUUUUUGAGAAUAGUCAGAAGAAUACUGCCCUGGUUAACAACUACACAAAUGCAUCUGAACAGCCUGUUACAGGUGUAGGAAUGGCUACUAGAAGUUCAGGAACUGGAUAUCAAGCUAUUUCAAGCAUGAGAACGAAUGAAGACCUUUUUUCAUACCAAAGAAAUAGGUAUUUGCAAGCUAAUGCACAUGGAACGAAGUCAAUUAAUGGUAGUCCUUCGAACUGGGGCAAUCUGGUGGUUCCUUCGACGUAUCAAAAUGCUCAGAAUGUGAGCUUCUACCGAGAAUCUGAACCUCUACCGAGAAGAGGAAUCCUGGGAUUUCCUCAACAAAAUUCCAUAACGACUAACAAUAGCUGGCAAAGAUUUAGAAUGGAAAAUGAAGGACGUACUUUUUUCACCCCAGAUAUCAGAAAUCUGCAGGUUUACUCUAAUCUUAUGAGCUCAAGCAUGAGUCCUUCUUAUGAUCAUAAUCGAUCUGCAUCAAAUAUGAACUGUGGAGUGAAUCAAGAAAACCCUACAGGACCUCUUGUGAAUCAAGAUCAGCUUUCAUUUUCUGAUCAAAUCAGCUAUAGCCAAGAAACUUCUGAUGGUCCUUGUAUGAAUCAAGGCCAGGUUUCAUUUUCUGAUCAAAUCAACUAUAGCCCACAGGCGUAUAAUCAAGGUGGUGUUUUUGACUAUAAUCAGUUGAGUGAUACAAAUGACAAUCAAGACCUGAUGUCUAUCGUAAAUUCUGCCACAGGACUUUUGGGGAAUCAAGGCCAGGCUGCAGUCUCCGAUCAAAUCUACGAUAACCAAGAUGUCAAUAAUCCUAAUUUUAUGAACUCAGGCUCAGAUGUUGCUAACGAUUAUUUUCAGCUGAACUCAUAUGAUAAUCAAGACCUGAUGACAAUCGUGAAGGAAAGCGCUGCAAGGUUCAUGAAUUCUCGAAGGAACCAAACUAUCCUGCCGGAAUCAUCAUCUUCAGGAGUGAAUGAAAGAAGCCUGACUUCGUCAGUGCAGGAUACAGUGACAAGGGCUCCAAUGCAGCAGCUGGAUAAUUUGAUGAACACGGAACUUCUUGAUUUUUCGGAGUUUCAGGAUUACUUUCAUCUAGAGUCUGAUAAUGUAGGACCUGAUCAUGGUGUCCUUGAUCAUUAUAAAAGAACAAAUUAGUCUUAGAAAAAAAAAUUUGAUGUCUCAUUAUUUUCCUUUUUUGUUGUAACAGUAGUGAGAAUAGAGUGUAACAUCAGACUGUCAUCGGUGAUACAUCGGAAUAUGAUAAGCA